GAUAAUUUGAUUGCAUAGAGAUAAUCGUGUUUGGAUAUAUAUAAUCAUGUAAUAUGAUUUUCUUGGUUGGACUCUCUCCAACCAUGAGAGUCAAAAUCCCAGAAAUGUAAUUUUGAGAGGCCAUUCUUCUCCAACCAUCCAAAAAUGAUGAGCUAAAAAUGAGAGAGAUCAAUUUGGGGGGAGAGUGUGCAAAUGUGUAAAAAAUAAGCGGUCAUAUUUUAACACCUAUAUUUCAAACGCCAUAUUUCACGGUCAUAAAAAUGGCUAUAAAAAGACGGUUAUAAAAUUUCAUACAUCUCUUAUGUCUUUCUCAUUAGUUUCUGCACAACUCAUUCAAGCAUAAACCAAAAUUCUUUCAACUCUCACUCCUACACUCUCUCAUUCUUUUCCAUUUCCGAAAGCAAGCAAAUGAUGUCCUCCAGCAGAGGAGAUGGUUUUAUCGGGGAAGAAUACAUAUUAUUGUCUACGGCUUGAAUAAGAGUAUAAGAAGAUGCGACGGUCGACCACCAACCAAAAAUGCUCAAAGUUUUGGGAAAGAGUUUGAGAGGAGGCUAAUCAGCUUGAUAUUGGUACUAAAUAUCUAAAGGAUCACACUCAAGAUGCAUUGGAAGGUACUUAUUAAGAAAUCAUGCACCCUUUUGAAAAAUGCUUUGGCGAAGACAAAGAGGAGUCAACCGAAUGGCACAGUAAUAGAAUAAUAACUAUUUUCGAUAAAAAAAAAUUAUGCUCGAAGAAAAAAAAAAUACUUUGGAAAAUUUGUUUCACUUAAUAAUGACCAACUAUUAAAAAAUUAAAAUGAAAAAAGUUAACAUGUUUCGGAGAGUCUUACCAUCUUCGAGAGUCUUACUAUCUUCUUCACAUAUCUAAGAGAAAAACAUAGGAAAAAAAAUGAAGCUGGGACGAGAGAAAAAGUGCAUGACGAACGACCAGCUGCGUGUCGCCACAAAAGGCCAACAACCAAAAAAUUAUGCGUUGGACACCAGUUCCUCAAGGAUUGUAAAAAUCGUUGUACCGAAAAAGUAAGUAAUAUGAUGUUUUUAUCGAUAUCAUGAUUCGACCGUUUCAUAUACCAAUCUAUUGACCUGAACUCCAAUGGACAAAUUUUUCGGUCACAUCACCGGUACCAUACAUUUUCUUACAAACACUACAUUUCAUAUCAUCUCCUAGAACAAAUAAUUCCGCAAUGAAUACUUCUGAGAUGCCCUCAUAAAAUUCUCGAAAAACAAAUAAAAUUAAAAGUCAUAUCAUCUUACAAUCAAGCCAACAAAAACUAUUGCAUUUCCUUUGAUUAGUCUUCGUUUCUUGUUUAAUUUGCUAAAUAGGCAAAUACUUAACAGUAUUAAGGGCAAACAAAAUGAAUAAUAACAUACAAACAAGAAAAGCAAAAUGGUGCAUUCAAUGAUACACAAACAAACAAAACUGCAAAAGUGAAAGCCAAAACAAGCUCAGAUAACAGGAAAGAAAGAAAAAACAGAGGAUGUAAUGCAAAUAAAGUGGAGCUAAAAAUGGAGGAACUCAUGUAGUCUUCCCCUCCUUAUAGUCAUCCACCACAUUCACUGGAAUCGAUAACGGUGGCUUUCUCUGAGAAAGAGAAAGAGGAAAGGUUGGGGGGUUUGAACUUUGAAUUCACGCCCUGUGCUGUCACUGUGUGAAGAGAAAGAGAUAAAAAAAAGGAUAGGGGGAAAAAAAGGUCUAGAGAGAGAGAGGAAAGCUUGCCUUAAAUUACGUUUCCCGUCUGCUUAAGAAAGGGAGAGAGAGAGAGGGAGAGGGAGAGAGAGAGAGGGAGAGACGAUGGUGGGCUCGGGAGGUGGAGGAGAUAGGAGCAGCAAAGAAGCGGUGGGGAUGAUGGCACUUCAUGAAGCACUCAGGGCCGUCUGUCUCAACACAGACUGGAUUUACUCUGUUUUCUGGACUAUUCGUCCUCGCCCGAGGGUCAGGGGAGGCAAUGGUUGCAAGGUUGGGGACGACAAUGGAAGCUUGAUGUUGAUGUGGGAAGAUGGAUAUUGCCGAGGAAGAACGGGAGGAGAUGGAUUCGACGACAGCAUUGAUCAUGGGGAAGAAGAUCCUGUGCGCAAAGCAUUCAGCAAAAUGUCUAUCCAGUUAUAUAAUUACGGAGAAGGGUUAAUGGGGAAGGUUGCUUCAGAUAAGUGCCAUAAAUGGGUGUUCAAGGACCCAUCUGAAUCUGAACCAAAUGUCGCCAACUACUGGCAGAGCUCUUUUGAUGCUCUCCCCACUGAAUGGACUGAUCAAUUUGAUUCUGGGAUUCAGACCAUUGCUGUGAUUCAAGCUGGCCAUGGCCUGCUCCAGUUGGGUUCCUGCAAGAUUAUAGCUGAAGAUCUGCAUUUUGUGCUGAGGAUGAGGCACACAUUUGAGUCACUAGGCUAUCAAUCAGGCUUCUACAUCUCUCAGCUCUUCUCCUCCACCACCACCAGAAACAACAAUUCUUCAUCACCUUCAAUCCCAUCUAAGCCAUCUCUAAUGAUCCCCACCCGGGCUCCCCCGAUUUUCAACUGGGGCCAUGGCCAAAGGCCACUCCCACCAUCUGCAGCAGCUCCCAUGCUCCCCAAUUUCCACAACCCAGAAGGUCGAUCAAUGGGGUUCCCACCACAAGGGAAAGAAGAGCCACCACCACCACAUAUGUUCCUGCUCCCACAUUCGUCGCCUUCCCCAGCGUCGGAGCACAACAGGAUGGAGGGAAUGAUGAUGGGGACAGGAGGGGAGCAUGAGAGCGACAUCAAGUGGCCUAAUGGCUUGUCUUUCUUCAGUGCUCUAACUGGAAGAACAGACGUGGAUGCCAAGCUCUUGUCCGGAACCAACAACAGCUCUGAAGCUUCUGAAAUGCAUGAUAGUCAUCCAUUUUCGUCGUCUGGCUCUCGACCGGAUGGCUGUCCCAGCUCAAGAAGCUACUUGGAAUGAUUAAGGAGAGUACUGUAUUAGGGUUUCUUUGUUGUUGAGCUUUUGUUUUCAGGUUCAGUUUUAGACGAACUGUAGCAGUAGUACUGUACUUUUGCUAGUUUCUUAUCAUAUAGCUGGUGUUUCUAAUCUGAUAAUCCUAAGCUUAGGGGUUAAUACCAUUAUGAAUGUCUGAAUCAUGCUCAGAUUAUCGUAUGUAGUGUGUCAAAUUUUUGAAACGAGAUGAAAGUCCAGAAUACACAAGUUACAUGUCGCUAGAUUUCAACGGUUGACCAGAUUAUGAUCUAUUUUCUUCGUUGAAGUCGAUGUAUCAUAUGAGACGUGACUCGAACAUGUCUAGUUUCGAAGGCUCUGUGGCUAGGGAAUGAAUGGUGGAGGAAAUGAUGACACCAAUACUGAUCAGACCAAUUCAAUACUCAGAAGAAUCCUUCUCUUUGUUAUCUAAUUAGUAUAAUAAAAUUAGGGUUUUGAAAGUUUGUUUUAGAUCAAAUUGGCAUUGGGUUUCUUACUUAUGUAAGUCGUCCACAUGAUGUUGUUGCAAGGACCAGUGGACGACACAGCUCCCUAAAAAUACUCUUUUGAGUUUGGAUUUCUAUAUAGAAAGCUAACUAGAGGAGAGACAGGAUGUGGAUUGGAUGGUCAAAGCAACAGAAAAAAAAAUGAACAAGUGUGCUAAAUCUUAAUUAAUUAGGGUUAUCAUGAAUCAUGGUGAUGUCAGGAAUCAAAAUCCAGUAAUACUAUAUUGGAUGUUGUACCGGAUAAGAUAAAUAUUUGCGAAUAAUUCGUGGUUCAAUCAUAGUUUAAUGGGUUAAUAUUUUCGUAUGGCCUGAACUUUGACCAAAAUAAACAUUCUGGCCAAUCUUUUCGAUCUAUAACAUCUUGGCCCGAACUAUACACCAAAAUAAACAAUUUGGCCAAACCCGAUGUUUGACCGUUAACUUGGAUGGUCAAACGCGUUGACUAACGGUCAACGCGCCACGUCACUGCCAAGUCAGAAGAUCUGAUAAAUAUUUAUUUUUUUUGUUUUUUAUUUUUGGUUUAACUAAGGUAUUAGAUGAUUUUUUUUAAUUUAUAAUAAUUUAAAAUUAGGGAAUGUGUGGAAAUUGUGAAUUAUUUUAAAUAUUUUAUGCUGACUUGGCAGUGACAUGGCGCGUUGACUAACGGUCAACGCGUUUGACCGUCCAAGUUAACGGUCAAAAUCAGAUCUGGCCAAAUUGUUUAUUUUGGUGUAUAGUUCGGGCCAGGAUGUUAUAGAUCGAAAAGAUUGGCCAUGAUGUUUAUUUUGGUCAAAGUUCAGGCCAUACGAAAAUAUUAACCCUAGUUUAAUUCAUUCAUAUCGAUAAAAUUAUACACUCGCUUGAGCUUUAAUAGCCGAUUUUUUCAAUCGGACCGACCGAUAUAGUUUAGCAAACAUUGGUUUGUAUAUUGCCAUUAUUUUCCUCUCUUUUGCAGAUACAUGUAAGAGAUUCGAGUUUUUUUUUUAAAUGUGAUUUAUCAUAACAAUUCGAGUUAUCUGUUGGAACAACUAGGUGAGAUAUUGGCAGCAGGUAAUAUUGUAUUCGUAUAGAACACAAAGCGAGUUACAUGACUUAGAUUCUCUUCCUCAAGGUUCUAGUCUUGUUAGUUGUUACUUUAAGUACCGUGCUAUUCCAAUAACUUAAGUUGUUGGGA